AUGUUCCGCGGCCGAUGUCCAUCCAGAAACGCGAAGACAGUGCUCCGCAUCGCCAGAAGCCAUUAUGCAACUCCACGGCGUACCUUCACUACGCAGCCGCCGUACUACCAGGGACUGCCCCCGGUUCGGCUUCUCGGCCCUACCAUCUGGUGUCUUGCUACCGCCGGCGCCAUCUACCUGGGCUGUGCGGCCUCUGAUGUCUAUCAAGAUGUCGCCCGCGCCAAGGGGGAGGGCACGCGCUGGGCCUCCAAACGACCGCCCGAGACCUUCGAGGAGCUAGAACGCUUCAGAGGCACCAGCUACGCCGGCACCCGUUCCGCCCGGUCGUGGAGUCCCUUCUCCGAACUAUCUGGUCUGUCGGAACUAGCCGAGUUCUCCGAGCCCGAAAAGCUGAUCGUCAGUGCCAUCGCCCUGAACACGGGCCUCCACGCAUCAUGCCGUGGGUCGCCUGCUUUUUGGGGGCACCUGGCCCACGUCCCCGUCUCGACCAGGAACUACACACUUCUCACUUCGGUCUUUGGGCACGCAGGCCUACUCCACCUCGGCUUCAACAUGUACGGCCUGUUCAUGGUCGGUCCGCCCGUCGCCCAAACCCGUACCUUUAACGACAACGGCCAUCACCUGGCAGCCUUCUACCUGGCCACCGGUAUCCUGACCAGUCUGGCACAGCAUAUCAGCUCUAUCGGGCCUCAUCGGAUGAACCGCUUCCAGCCCUCGUUGGGUGCCAGCGGCGCAAUCAUGGCUAUCCUGGGCGCGUUCGGCAUGUCGUAUCCGGACACCCACAUCGGCAUCCUCUUCUUGCCCGGAUCUUUGCCUGCGUCACAAUUCCUGGCUGGUGUGGCGCUCUUCGAUGCCAUCGGUAUCUUCGUCCGCUACCCAUGGAUCAACUGGGCGCACGCGGCACAUCUUGCCGGCCUGUCACUUGGAGCGUCCUAUGUCUACUUUGGCGGGGACAAACGGGUGUGGCGGCCAACACGCAGGCUUGCCUUCAAUACAAUGCGAUUGUUGAACGUGAUUUGA